AUGGAGGCUAUCAACAGUGGUGAAAUUGAAACACAACAAUAUUUUGUCCCAAUAAAAGUGAGUUCUAGAAUGAAAAAUCAGCCAAAGAUUCAUUAUGAUAUUUACCAUAAGAGUGGUAACAAGUUUGUUGACCAACAACAUAAUGAAAAGAGAGGUGUGAAUUUUGAAGAGUAUUCUAUUGAGAAGAGAAUAAAGAUCGACCCCUUGAUGCAAAAUCAAACAUUGGUUUCAAAAAUAGAUGAAAGUGGUUUAUUUGUUUUUGAUGAACUUGACAUGAGGGGUAUUUUGGCCUUAAAAGAAAACUUAAGACUUGCCAAUCUUCGUAGUCUUGCUGAGAAAGAGAAGAAUCAAAUCAAGAAUCAGCGAAAGAAGAUGCGUAAUAAAAAGAAUGUUGACACAUUUUUUAUGACUAGCAAGGUUAAUAAAAAUGGCAUUGAUGGUGAGUACAUUCCAGGACUCACAACAUCAACAUAUCUAAUCAAUAAGCUUCAAGAUUUGGCUAAAGUUGGUAUAGAUAAGGUUAAUUUUAUGAAAGGACAAGUCUCUGUAGCUCUUUCUUCUUCUCCAAGUUUGGUAUGCAAGGAUAUUAGUGAUGGACAAGAAGCUAUCAACAUAAUUGUAACCAAUGAAUUCGAUGAUCCUCCGGUUGCACCUGCAGGUUUUACAUAUAUUACAUCAAAUCAAGUUGCAAAACACGUUAAAGUUCCGUCUAGAACUUCUGGAUGUCAUUGCCAAAGAAGUUGCAGAAAUAUUAAAACGUGCUCUUGUGCUAAUUAUAUUAAAGGCUCUAAAUUUCCAUACAGUAAUAAUGGCAGAUUGAUUGAGCCUCGAGACAUCAUUGUUGAAUGUGGGCCACAAUGCGGAUGUGGACCUACUUGUGGAAAUAAAAUUUCCCAAAAGACAUUGAAAUAUCGACUUGAAGUUUAUCGUACAACCAAGAAAGGUUGGGCCGUAAGAACAUGGGACUUUAUCCCCUCAGGUGCACCAGUAAUAGAGUAUAUUGGUGUACUUGAUAGGGAUGAUAUGUUAGAUAAUUCUAUUGAAAAUGAUUACAUAUUUGAUAUUGAUUGUUUACACACAAUCAAUGAGAUAGAUGGAAGAGAGCGACGGUUGGGUGGUGUAUCACUCCCUACUAAAGAAAUUUCUAAACAAAGCGACGAGUAUAUAAAAAAGGAUCCGGAAUUUUGUAUAGAUGCUGGUUCUUUUGGUAAUGUUUCAAGAUUUAUCAAUCAUGGAUGUACACCAAACCUCUUUGUACAAUGUGUUCUAAGUAACCACCUAGAUGUUAAACUAGCUCGUGUGAUGUUAUUUGCAGCAGAAGACAUACCUCCCUAUCAGGAACUCACCUAUGACUAUGGUUAUAGACUUGAUAGUGUGGUUGGUUCUGAUGGAAAUAUUAAGCAAAUGCAAUGUCAUUGUGGUUCAGAGGAAUGUCGUAAGCGCUUGUACUAA